AAUGGCAACAAAUAAAUUUUGGAAAAAGAAAGAAGUAAUAAUCUGUUAAAAAUAUUGAGUUAUCAAGUUUAGAAUAAUAAGUUGGUUUAGCAUUAACAUAAAUUGAAGGAACAAUAACUGAAGUUAAAAAUUUGAGAUUAUCAUCAGUUGUUGAUUUCACAACAAAGAUAAAUGCUAAGAAAUAAGUUUAUUUAGUUUUUAUCCCAUAUCCAUGUUUAACAAUAUACAAUAAGAUUAGGUAUAUUUUAGUGCGAAUUAAUUUUAGCUAAAAACUAUUGCCAGAAUUAGAGAAAAGAGUUAAAGCAACCAUCUUAGUAGUUGCUAAAAGAACAAUAGAAAGUAAAUGGGUGAAGAAACACAGAUCUUAAACAAGACCAAAUUCAAGAACUCUUACAACAGUUUAUGAUGGAUUACUUGAAGAUUUAAUUUCUCCAUCUAUUAUUUUGGGGAGAAGAACAAGAGUUAGAGUUGAUGGCACUAAAUUUUAUAGAAUGUAAAAUGAAAUCAUAGAUGUAUUAGAUUCCUUGAUGAAAGUGAUUAGAAAGAUUUAGAAUCAAGACUUGAAUCUAUUAAAGAUGUUUACAAAAUUUUAACAACUAGAGAUUUAGAAUUUGAAUUUAGAAGAGAUGAUACUUUCUAUUAAAAAAAGGGAGCUAAGAAAGUAGCUUAAAAAUGAU